UUAUAAAAAUUUACUUAAACUAAAAAAUAUCUGUAUAUAUGUUAAGAAUAAAGUAAUUCAAUCUAUUAUGAGACAUUGUAAAAAAUAUCACUUGCCAUAGUUUUUCCAUCGUUGUAGAAGACGAAUACAGACGGUCGAUCUCUUGUACUCAUCAUCACACAAAAGGCACAAGAAAUUUAAUGUAUUUUACUUCAAUUAUUGCUUCAUCCGCGAGGAACGUGAAAUUCGUCUUAUGCCUAUUGCGCAAAUAGGCCAACUGAAAACGCAUUGACAUCGCAAGUCACCGGGCUGCGAGAGGGAGCAUCGGAGAGGUGGCGGAAGAAGAGAACGAGCCUGGUGCUGAAUGGCGCCCUACCUGGUCCCCGAAGUCAUAAAUCAUUCCCCCGCAAUACUACCCCUCGGCGUUUUCCUGCACCAUAACAUCGCUGAUCGGCGAACGGUCAACAUCACCUGGAGCGCACCAUGAAGAGGACCAUACUCAUUUUCGCAACAAAAUCUCAGAAAACUUCCACGGAAAAGCCAGUAGAUAUUAUAUGGGGAAUACAAAGAAGAAUCUCGACGAAGAAUUGGAGAAGAGAUAGAAGAAGAAAAGGAAGAUGGAAAGCGCAAAAAAAUAAGAGAGUAAAGCAAAGCGUCUCCUACUACGUGAAGUAUAAGAUAGGGUGGUCUCUUCAUCCGCAAAAGUGCCCCACGGGAGCUGCGUCAACGUCCUACAGGAAAAGUUGAACCCCCUUCGUUUCCCGAACCCAUGGCCUUUCAAGUUUACCUCUUCACGGAUCUUCACGAAUGGACAGGAUCACAACGGCAAUGAGUUUUCUGGGCGGACGUCACUCAGAUUCCGACCUUCUCCCAUUCUUCUUUCCGUUAUGAUUUAUGGAUUCAUUAAUGCAACAUACAACACUUUCUCGGCCGCGAGAAAAGGGAACGUUGAUUAACCGUUUUAUACCUGGUGUUAAAACAAAUAUUCAAAUUUGUCAUCAGUUACGAAUGCGAAUUGGUUACCAUGCCGAAGAACAGAAAAGGAAAUCGACUGGCUAUCGACUGGAUUAUUAUUCCAAGCAUGCCUCUGUCGGACGUUCAUUCCUUCUGAAACAUUCCACGAUACGUGGUGCCAGUCGGAGACCAGCGCUUCUUCGCGAACGUGCAAGUGUGGUGCGAUUGGGAUACCUUGAAGAUAAAUUUCGCAAAAGGUGUCAUUCUCUACGAAGUGUAAGCUGAUUGGUUUGACGAAGAUCUGCUCAAAGUUUCGAAAAUGAUCAAGAGACAGAGAUCCUCAUAGUGAUUCAUCCACAUCCGCAACUUUACCCGAUGAUGAGACGUAAGCAAACUUUAGGAAGACAUAUUGCGUGUGAGUUGAGAAUGACAGGUGGAAAGGUAGUUGAGUGUUAUAUGACGUCGGGCCGAUGUUGUAAAGAGACAAAUAGUGCAGUUGCGAUUUAUCGAGUUAGAUCCUUAAUCUUUCUUUGUUGAAUUUUCUAGCAUGUGUAGCAUGGAAUAAUGUUUACUUUUCGUCUACUUCCAAUUUAUUUAAUACUUAAAAA